AUCAUCAUCAUCAUCAUCAACCACAACUAUGCCACCAUCGCCUCAGCCCAGCUCGGCUCGGAUUGAAACCUAAUCCUCAUCUCGCCUCGGGUCAGUACUCAAAGAUUUCGAACUCGAUCUUUCCUCCCAUGGCCUCUCAGUCUACAGCCUCGGCUGCCUCGACCUCUCCAACCAACACUCCUCGAAAUGAAUCUAUCGGGCCGUCUUCGCCUGUUCAACCGUUGUCGGGCGUAUCUCGCGACGAUGGCGACGUGCAUAUCCUGAAUGCACCUGCUGCUAUAAAGUGGCAAAAUGACCAAGAUCAAGACCAAGACCAAGCACAGUCGCAGUGCCUUGGCCAUGAAGAUGGAGCCAGGGUCUCGGUGGACUUCCAUCUUGACUCAUUGUCCAACACCGCCUUCUUCAGUUUCCACACAAGGGUUGUUCUCAAGGCUCUCCCGUUCUCCAAAACUAACGUCUACCUCUGGCUGCCUCCCGAGAGGGUACUGAGCAUCAUACUGAAUGAACAAGAAGAAGAUGUCAUCAUUGAAAGUAAGAAACGAGCAGCCACAAGCCUACAUUUCGAGCUCGAUAAACCUGCAGCCCUGGUCGGUCCAUGUCUGUCUCUCACCCCCCGAAACAAGAAACAUGGUGACACGCUGGACUCGAUGCGAUUGCUUGCCAAUUCCAAGCGCUUCACUGUGUUUCUCCAGAGCAGGUCGGCCAGUAUGAACGACUUGCGGCAGUUAUGCAGAGCUUUCACACCCAUUCUCACUAGCUCAAGCUCCAGCGUCACCACAUCUGCCCAUCAACAGCAACGUACGAGACCAACGAUGAUGAUCAAACACACAUACAUCGCCAAUUUGUACAAGGGUCACGGUGGUUCGUUCAUUACUGGAGGCUUCGAGGCAGCUAGCGACCCUGGACAGCCUCCAGAAUACGACCAGAUCGAGCCAGGCCCUCCCCUCCCGCCUCUUGAUGACUCCGAGGUACGGCGUGAUAAGCAGACAGAAUUACAGCGUCCGUCCAGAAAGCGAAGGCGAGCAGGCUCCCUUCCUGAGACUGUCGUGGGACGUCAGCUGGCAGACCACGUGCAUGAUAUAGGAGGAGACGUGUUGUCGGCCCUGCGCGAGGAGAUACGCGCCGAGCUUCGACAGGAGUUCCAGGAGAAAUUGGACGAUGUGAAGCUGGAUUUCAAGCGGCAGCUAGACAAAAUGCGACAAGAGAACGAAAGCUACUGGGCAGAAGCACAGGCGACAUUCUGGUCCGCAGACGAAUUGCCGGAAGCCGUGGCAGAUGUGAUCGACACUGAGAUCGAACAGGCCAAGUCUGGAUUGCGCGAUCAUAUUGACCAGGAAUUGGAUGAGGCCGAAAUCAGGAUCGAGGAGAGCGUCAGGAACAGUCUAGUAGAUACAUUACAGGAAGCGUCCCUGCAUUUGAGUCUUCCGUAGAUUUACAUGUGUACUUCUCUAGAUGGUAGACUUGAAAUAUUACUUCUUGGAUAC